CGGAAAUGUCCGACACUGGUAGUGGACACGACGGAGGCGCCCAAAAGGACUAUUCACAAAAGAUGGACGGCGGAGGCGUGCUGGGCGGGGGCGGCAGCGGCGACUUCGACUCGGGCCAGCAGAGCCAGCAGACGGAGCAGGAGCUGGCUACGAAGAUGCUGCAGAUCCAGUCGAAGCGCUUCUACCUGGAUGUGAAGCAGAAUCGCCGCGGCCGGUUCAUCAAGGUGGCCGAGAUCGGUGCGGACGGGCGGCGCAGCCAGAUCUUUUUGGCCCUGUCGACCGCGGCCGAGUUCCGGGACCAUCUGUCGACGUUCAGCGACUAUUACGCGUCGCUCGGCCCGCCCAACCCGGACAAUGUGCCCGAGGACGGCAAGCUAAAGUCGGAGAUGAUGAUCAAGGACAACCGGCGGUACUAUCUGGACCUGAAGGAGAACGUGCGGGGCCGGUUUCUGCGCGUUUCGCAGACGAUCACGCGUGGCGGGCCCCGUUCGCAGAUCGCCAUUCCGGCUCAGGGUAUGAUCGAGUUCCGCGACGCGCUGACCGACCUGCUCGAGGAGUUCGGCACGAACGAUGGUGGUUACAAGGGCGAGCUGCCCGAGGGUCGCCAUAUGCGGGUCGAUAACAAAAAUUUCUACUUCGACAUCGGGCAGAAUAGCCGGGGAAUAUAUAUGCGGGUGUCGGAGGUGAAAAGCAACUUCCGCACCGCGAUCACGGUGCCGGAAAAGUGCUGGUCACGGUUCCGCGACAUCCUCACCGAUUACUGUGACAAAAUGAAGAAAACGUCCGAGUCAACUACUUCUUCAAUCACUGCCGAUAAUACUUUACAAAAGCAAACAUCAAAUAAUAUGUAAAAUUUUGAGUUAAUGAAGCGAAAACCAACAACAAAAUGAACAAACAAGCAAAGAUAAGCGAAGAACUAGUAGCAAGCAACCCCAACAAGCAAACAAGCAAAAACAUAUACAGCAAGCCCAGAUUCAAACUAUAUGAAAAAGCAUAGCAGAAAGAUACAGUUCAGAGAUAGAAAAAGAAAGAGGGAGAGCGAGAGAGAAAGAGCGAAUAAUAUAAAGGAAGAAAAAAACAAACAAACAAAUAAUAAUAAAGAUUAUAAUAUUAAUAAACCGUAGACCCAAUAGAAAUGAGAGCAGACCAUGGAAAGAUGAAUGAAAUUCGAACGAAUGAGAUGCACCAUUACACAUCCGUUACAUUCACAAAGUGACGAAAAUGAGAGAGGGAAGCUGAAGAAUGAAACAAAACAGCAACAAAAGCAAACAAAUAAUUAAAAAAAAGUACAGUUGGGUAUAAUUAGUGGCUGGGGAGCAAAUUCAGUUAAAAUCUAGGACAAACGAAUUGGUUGGUUGGUAGUUUGAAGCUAAAUUGAACAUGGUGGUGGUUGCAGGUAGUUUGAGGAAACGUUAAACGGCAGCAACAGUUAAUAGCAAAAUGCAUAUUAAGAGAAUGGUAACACUUGUAGUGGAAAUGGCGAAUGAUAAAAAAAGAUGAAGAUGCGCGUAGAACACGAUAGAAAUUAUCGAUUUAGCAGGAAAAUGCAAGAUGCCAGAUAGGAAAAGAAAGAUAAGCUACACAUUUUCUCCCCAUUAUGUUUCGUUUUCUUGUUCUUAGGCUUUUGUUUUGUAAGAUUGUUUAUUUUUGCGUCUGUUACUUUAUUUAGUUUUUUUUUUUAAUUUACUUAUGUCUCGUGUUAUUUACACGUGGGGCAGCGAAAAACUAGACCAGACCAGACAUAUUAAACAGCAAACGCUCUUUUAAGCGCGAAUGAAUGGAUAGUGGCUGUAUAUCGUCAUCGUCUCAUCGUUUGUGAAAGCUUUCUUUUUCUACCUGUGUGGGCUGGAUUUGGAUUCUGUCCUUUAAGCUAACCAAGCCAAGAACGUCUCAGCUACAGUCUUUAGUAGAAAAUGUUGAGGGAGUUUCUCUGUAAAAAAAAACUUAUCGUGCAUAACCGAUAAUUAGAGUAAAAGGGUAAACCAUUUUAAAUUCACACAAGCUGAGCUACACAAACACACAAACGACACUGAGGAAAGAGAAAGGUUAUAAUCACAAUUGAAGGGGCGUUAACAAAUCUGCGAAACAAUACAAUCCGCCAUUCGCAAUGCAAAAGGAUCGAAUGAACCGAAUAAGAAAAAAAAAAACACUGAGAAAGCCACUACGGAUAAAAUACCCCGAACAUUAACAGGGGAGAGACUAAACAGAAAACUCAGAUAAAAUCUGAAUAUAUAUGGAUACGUUGACAGCAAGUGGAAAGAAAACUGUUCUAAAAAGUUAAAAUAAAUUGUUGUGUACUGCUAGUUUA